AUGACAUCAACACUCGGACCAGCAUUGAUGGGGCCUAUGGGAGGUGGCAAGGGGAUCUCAGAUGGGCAGUUCUCGGACAAGGGGAAGCCGACCGAGGUUCGGCUGUCAAAUAUGAACGCAGCAAAGGCUGUGUCUGAUGCUGUACGGACCAGUCUGGGACCGAAGGGGAUGGACAAGAUGAUCCAGACCAGUACCGGCGAGGUAGUCAUCACCAACGACGGAGCCACGAUUCUGAAGCACAUGGCGGUCUUGCACCCUGCCGCACGGAUGCUUGUCGAGUUGUCACAAGCACAGGAUAUCGAAGCAGGAGAUGGUACCACCAGUGUUGUUGUCCUCGCUGGAAGUCUGCUCGGAGCUGCCGAGAAACUCCUCUCGCAGGGCAUCCACCCCACCACUAUCGCCCACUCCUUCCAAAAGGCCGCUACCAAGGCGGUAGAACUGCUUAACGACAUUUCGAUACCGGUGGACAUGAAUGACAGGGAGUCAUUGAUGCGUGCUGCUGCCACAUCGCUCAACUCCAAGAUCGUAUCGCAAUACUCCUCCAUCCUCGCCCCUAUCGCCGUCACCGCCGUCACCCGCCUCCUCAGCCCCGUCUCGUCCAACGUUGACCUGCGCGAUAUCCGUAUCGUCAAGAAGGUCGGCGGUACCAUCGAGGACACUGAGCUUGUCGAGGGCGUUGCGCUCAACCAGGUCGUCAUCUCCUCCGCCGGCGGCCCAACCCGGAUAGACAAGGCCCGAAUCGGCCUCAUCCAAUUCCAACUCAGCUCCCCCAAACCCGACAUGGACAACCAGAUCGUCGUGAACGACUACCGCCAGAUGGACCGGAUUCUCAAGGAGGAACGCCAGUACCUCCUCAACCUCUGCAAACGGAUCAAGAAGACCGGAUGCAAUGUUCUCCUCAUCCAAAAGUCGAUUCUCCGGGACGCGGUCACGGACCUUUCGCUCCACUUCCUCGCCAAGCUCAAAAUCAUGGUCAUCAAGGAUGUCGAGCGGGACGAGAUUGACUUUAUCGCCAAGUCGACGGGAUGCAAGCCCGUAGCGGAUAUCGAGGCGUUUACGGAGGACAAGCUGGGGUCGGCGGAACUUGUGGAGGAGUUCAGCCAGAAUGGGAUGAAGGUCGUCAAGGUGACGGGGGUGAAGAAUCCGGGAAAGACAGUGUCGAUCGUGUGUACUGGGGCGAACCAGCUGGUAUUGGAGGAGAGCGAACGGAGUUUGCACGAUGCGCUGUGUGUGGUCAGGUGUAUCGUCAAGAAGCGUGCUCUUAUCGCCGGUGGCGGAGCACCCGAGAUCCACCUCUCCCGUCUCCUCACACAACACGCCCAGACCCUCAAAGGCAAGGAAUCAUACUGUUUCCAGGCCUUCGCAGAGGCGCUCGAAAUCAUCCCGACAACACUGGCGGAGAAUGCGGGGUUGAACCCGAUUCAGAUCGUCACGGAAUUGAGGAAUCGCCAUAGCUUGGGCGAGCGGACUGCGGGGAUCAACGUGAAGAAGGGUAUCAUCUCGAACAUCCUGGAAGAAAAUGUCGUUCAGCCUUUGUUGGUCUCGACAUCAGCAUUGGAAUUGGCGACUGAGACGGUGGCGUUGAUUUUGCGGAUCGACGAUAUCCAGUUCACGCGAUAA